AUGGCAGACGAGCUUACAGAAGUUAAGAAAAAAUUUGGUAGUCUCAGCGAAUAUAGCAUACAGCUGAAUCGAUGGUUCUUGAAACCAAUAGGCGCGUGGCCCGAAUCAUCCUCUACUACGAGACAUGAAAAAAUUCUUUCACAAAUUUCAAUUAUCAUCUGUUGGUGCAUCUCAUUGUUCACUAUAAUUCCUGCUCUACUUCGCCUCAUCCUAGAAAAGGAAGAUCUUUACCUUAAACUUAAAGCAUUUGGUCCACUAUGCCAUUGGAUUGUUGGAGUAUUUAACUAUGCUGCAUUAUUAUUACGCAAAGAUGAAAUACGUCGUUGCAUAGAACACAUACAGGCCGAUUGGGAAAUAAUAACGAGAAUCACAGAUCAGAGAAUAAUGUUGAAGAAUGCCAAAAUUGGCCGAUCUAUCGCGGCUUUCACUGCAGCUUUUGUGCAUAGUGGUAUCGUUUCUACUUGCAUUGUAUUGGGUGCUUUGAAACAUACCAUUAAAGUUGACAACGAAACCAUAAACAUAUAUACACUACCUUGCCCACCUUAUAAAAUUCAGACUGAUACUAAUCCAACACACGGCAUUAUUCUGGGCUCACAAUUUCUCUCAGGAUUUAUCGCCAGUUCGAGCGCAGUUGGCGCCUUCAGUCUUGCUACUGUUUUUGCCAGCCAUGCUCUUGGUCAAUUGGACGUGAUGGCAAUUUGGAUCAAUGAAUUUGUGAAUCAAUCAAAUCAAGAAAAGGAUACCCAUACUCACGAAAUAAGCGUAAUUGUCGAACAUCAUCUGAGGAUCCUCAAUCUCGUAGAACACAUUGAACAUAUGAUGAGUGGAAUAUGCUUCAUGGAAACGUUCAAGUGUAUGGUGGGUAUGUGCAUGCCUAGCUAUUUCAUUCUUGAGGAAUGGUCUGAACAUAAUAUUCAAAAUUUGGUUACAUAUGCUAUGAUAAUUGUAUCUAUGACUUUUAACAUAUUUUUAGUAUGUUAUAUCGGUGAAUUACUAUCAGAACAGUGUAAGAAAGUUGGUGAUAUAGUUUACAUGACGAAUUGGUACCAAUUGCCUGACAAAGAGAUCUUGAAUCUCGUUAUGAUCAUUUCACGAUCUAGCAUGGAAAUUAAAAUUACUGCCGGAAAAUUGAUUACAUUAUCUGUCUACACCUUUGGUAAUAUAGUAAAAACCGUUUUCGGAUAUUUAAAUAUACUACGUCAAGCUACGAUGUAA